AUUCCUACCUUACAGCUUGAGCUGCUCAUGAAGUUUACGUCCAGCGUCGAUUGUCCAAGAAGCUCAGGAACGGUGUUUUAACUUGUGAAAAAGUGCCACUCGAAUGAAAUUACUGUCAAAAUUUCGUUUGGUAUGAUCUCUCAAGUUUAAGUGAAUUUGAAUAUUGUAAGUUACGGCCGUUCCUUUUGCACACUUGGUUGGGAGGACUGAGUGAGAACUUUUCAGACUGCUGUGGCGUGUUCUUUUUUUUUUCCGAUCGAUGUCCUGGAGGAAAGUAAGGACGUCCGUGCAGCUAUGAUUUUGCUAGGCUAAUUUUUUUGUUCUUACAGUUUUCCUACGCUCCUGGCAUCGGAUGUGACUGAGCUUUUCGGCAAUCGCAGGCUGAGGCUAGGAAGAAUACGACGGAAAAGAAAACAUUAUAGUAGCGCUUUACAGUUUAAACUAGAGAACAAAAAUGCCAGAUCUGAUCUCGGUGUCGGAAUUCAUAACCGAGACCAAUGAGGAUUACAAAGCACCGACGACCUCCAAUUUUACCACUCGCAUGUGCCACUGCCGGAACACCGUGUCCGCUCUGGAGGAGGCCUUGGACGGAGAUCGCGGCGUGUUGCACCGGAUGAAGAAGUCCGUGAAAGCCCUCUACAAUUCUGGCUUGGCCCACGUGGAGAAUGAGGACCAAUACACUCAGGCUCUUGAGAAGUUUGGGGAAAACUGCAUCAACAGAGAGGAGCAAACCCUGGGAUCAGCCUUCAUCAAGUUUGCCUUGUUCACCAGAGAGCUCAGUGCCCUCUUCAAAAACCUGUUCCAGAACAUGAACAACAUUAUCACUUUUCCCUUAGACAACCUGCUGAAAGGUGACCUAAAGGGAGUGAAAGGGGAUCUCAAAAAGCCUUUUGAUAAAUCCUGGAAAGAUUAUGAAACAAAAGUAAACAAACUCGAGAAAGAGAAGAAGGAACACGCCCGGCAGCAUGGCAUGAUCCGAUCGGAGAUCAGUGGAGGGGAGAUUGCAGAGGAGAUGGAAAAGGAGAGGCGCUACUUUCAGCUCCAGAUGUGUGAGUAUCUGCUCAAAGUCAAUGAAAUUAAGGUCAAAAAAGGUGUCGACUUGCUUCACAAUCUCAUCAAAUAUUAUCAUGCCCAGUGCAACUUCUUCCAAGACGGGCUGAAAGCAGUGGAGAGCCUAAAACCCACAAUAGAGAGGCUGGCGACGGACUUGACAACAAUAAAGCAGGCUCAAGAUGGGGAGCGGAAGGAGCUUUCUCAGCUGCGGGAUGUUCUUAAGGCUGCGCUUCAGGUGGAGCAGAAGGAGGACUCCCAAACACGGCAGAACUCUGGUUACAGCUUGCACCAGCUGCAGGGCAACAAGGAGUAUGGCACAGAGCGCUGUGGGAACCUUUACAAGAAGAGUGAUGGCCUCAGGAAGGUAUGGCAGAAAAGGAGGUGUUCAGUGAAGAAUGGAUUCCUGACCAUUUCACAUGGAACGGCUAAUAGGCCACCGGCCAAGCUCAAUCUGUUGACCUGCCAAGUGAAACGCAGCAUGGAUGAGAAGAAAAGCUUUGAUCUAAUAUCUCAUGACAGAACGUACCACUUUCAAGCAGAGGAUGAGUCAGAAUGUGAGAUAUGGAUCUCAGUCCUGCAGAACAGCAAGGAAGAGGCACUGAACACAGCCUUCAAGGGUGACCCAGAAGUAGGUGAGAACAACAUUGUGCAGGAACUGACAAAAGCCAUCCUUGAAGAGGUGAAGAAGAUGCCUGGAAAUGAUGAAUGCUGUGACUGCGGAGCAUCCAAUCCUACCUGGCUCUCUACCAAUCUGGGCAUCCUGACGUGCAUUGAAUGUUCUGGAAUCCACCGGGAGCUGGGUGUGCACUACUCCAGGAUUCAGUCCCUGACACUGGAUGUUCUGGGAACAUCUGAACUCUUGCUGGCCAAGAAUGUGGGGAACAUGAGUUUCAAUGAGAUAAUGGAGGCCUGUCCACCAACUGAAGGGAUGGCCAAGCCUAAUUCCACCAGCGACAUGUCAACACGAAAAGAAUACAUCACAGCCAAGUACGUGGAGAGGCGCUUUCUGCGUAGAAAGUAUCCCGAUCUAGCAUCACGGCUGCAAGCCCUCAGCAAUGCUGUUAUGGAGCGUGACAUCUUUGCCCUCAUCCAAGUGUAUGCUGAGGGAGUGGACCUGACAGAGGUCAUCCCACUGGCCAGUGAGCACGAACCAGGGGAGACGGCGCUGCAUCUCGCCGUCCGGCUCGUGGAUCGGACAUCGCUCCACAUUGUGGACUUCCUGGCCCAGAACAGCAGCAGUCUGAACAAGCAGACAGCCAAGGGCAGCACACCGCUGCACUACUGCUGCCUGACGGACAACAGCGAGUGUCUAAAACUGCUGCUGAGGGGCAAGGCCUCAGCUGACAUUGCCAACGAAGCUGGUGAGACGCCCCUGGAUAUUGCCAAGCGGUUGAAGCAUGAGCAGUGUGAGGAGCUGUUGAGCAGGUCACUCACAGGGAAGUUCAAUUCCCAUGUGCACGUGGAGUACGAAUGGCGGCUGCAACACGAAGACCUGGACGAAAGCGAUGAAGACAUGGAGGACAAGCCCAUCCCCCAGCGUCGAGAUGAGCGUCCAGUCAGUUGCUUUGUACCCGGAACCAACAACAUGCAGCCCAAUCUGGCCUCACUGGCCCGGGACGCGGCCAGCCUGGUGAGGGACAAGCAGAAGAGUUACCUCCCCAGUCUCAUGAACGAGACUUACGGCACCUACAUGGACAUGGCACUCCCUCCCCCAAGUCAGCUGCCUAACCCUGUCCCCGUACCGCCGCUUCCCCCCCGGCCACCAGGCAAAGUGCAACUGCCUGGGUUUGGCGGUGGGGAGCUGAAUGCAGGUUCCAGCGGGUGGAAGCCUGGUUCUAUGGAAGUGGUGGGUAGACAGAGGUCCUCCUCAGACCCCCCUAACCCACCUCCACUGCAGCUGGUCGUGCCUCCACCACCUGUGGCUAAGACAAUCCCACCACCUGUGGCUAAGACAAUCCCACCGCCUGUGCCACCUGUGCUACCUGUGCCACCUAUCCCUCCUGUGCCCCCGCCUCUACCUCCUGUCAAGCCAGUUCUGGUGCCUCCUGUGCCACCACAUACCAAGCCUUCCCUGCCUCCUUUGCCAGCCCUGCCAUCUGGGAGACAAGCAGCAUCUCCCCCAAGCACGGAUAAAAUCUUCCAGAAAAGGUCCACUGCCAAAUUCGGGUCACUGGAGAGGCAAGCCAAGGAUAUUCCCAGCUCCCCUCAGAGCUCUGCCAAGAGUCCACCCCCGGCACCCAUGCCCCGCUUGGCCCAGCCUAAACUGAAGCCGAAGCGUGUAAAGGCGAUCUACAACUGUGUGGCGGACAACCCAGAUGAGCUGACCUUCUCCGAGGGGGAGGUGAUUGUGGUCGAUGGAGAGGAGGACCAAGAGUGGUGGGUGGGCCACGUGGAGAGCGAUCCCAAGCGGAAGGGUGUGUUCCCAGUGACCUUUGUACACUUCGUCACAGACUGAUGGCAGCUGCUGGCCAGCGUGGUCUCUGCCUUUUGAUGUGUCUACAUUUGUGUGUGACAUCUGUAUGCAUGUGUUGUUUAUAUGUUUGUGAGUUAGUAUUUUAUUUUUUGUGUUUGUUUAUACAAGUGUGUUUGUUGCUCACUGAAGACAGUGCACUAAUGUCUCUUGGUGGCACCUUGAGAAACUGAUUUUACCACUUUGAUCCUCUGUCUCACUAACCUUGCCCUCAAGGCUUAUGAGGAAACAUUUUUCUUCAAGUUUUUUAUUUUUAAAAAAAAAUGUAUGCUGCAUCUUUGACUUGUUGAUUUGGGAAUAAAAAUAGGAAAGAACUAAAGUCUUUUUGUGUGCCCAGUAGUAAUUCAAAUAUGAUCUUAUAAAAAUAAUUCUUCUGGCAUCAUUUUGGUUUCUUUGUAUGGUGGUUGGAAAAUCUUUUACAUUUUCCCCCCCAAGUUUAGCCUGCAUAACUGUUCAGUACUGUAAAUAGACAUUUUUAACCUUUAAUGAUCUUGUUCUUGUGAACUUAUUUAAAAUGAGGAUUAUUUGAAAGAAGCUUUUUUCAGCAAAUUUUCUAUUAUCUGACAAGGUUUUAAUAUUGAAUCACUGAGUGCUGAAAUCAGAUGUCUUCUGUUUAUAAUACCUGAGUUGCCUUUAAUACACCAGCCGCUGCUGUGCUGGCAUGGAGGUUGUCAAAAGUGGGGAAACUGGAAUAA